GAAGAAUAAGAAUGCUCAACGGGGGUAACUUUGUGCAGGUCUUCACGUGUUACUCGAAAACAGAGUCUACAGUGCCAGUGUAACGUUCCACCAAAAUAAGCCAAUUCCGAAGCAAAUCUCACUCCUCACAUCUCUCACCACUGAUAAACUUAUCGACAGACGAGAGCUGAAAAACAGUAGAAGACAAGAAUGGCUUCACUCUGCACCACACUUCUCUUUUGUCUUCUCCUAAUCCUAUCUUUAGCAGCAUCCACAGAGACGCAUCGUAUUCCCGGAUUCCUCUACACUCGCAGCAGAGGAAGAUGCACCGCACAGUUCUGGAGCGGGAGGAGGGAGGCGUGGCCGAGGAUGGUUCCGGAGACGUCGACGGUGUCGAACGUGUUCGGGUCUCGGGUGUACGAACACUACAGAUCGGAUCUGACAUUGAUUGAAGCCGCGGCGAGGAAUGACGAGGAGAGUAACGCGUUCGGAGGAUUGGUGAAGGAGGGAACCGCAGCGUUGCUUAACUCGUAUGCGAGGGAGGGUUUUCCUUACAAACCCUGGCAGGUUAAGACUUUGGUGAUAAAAGCGUUGGUGUCCCAAGCUGCAGCUGCAUCUCAAGCCAAUAACUUCUUGUUGGCUAACCAGGCUUGCUCCUAAAACCUAAUCUACUUUAAUCUAAUCUAAUCCUAACUCACUUUAUCAUAUAUUAAAAUUUCCUCUGUAUUACUAUAUUAAUUAUACAUUCAUGAUGAUUGAUUAUCAUGUUUAGAUUAGCGUUAUAAUAGGGUAAGGUCCACUCGCUUUACCCUUUUUGUUAUUGGUCUUCUUAUGCGAUUUUAUCGGAAUCACUACUCUGUGACGUGAUUUUGGAAUGUUAGAAGUGUAUUGUUUGUUGAUAAGAAGGAAUCAUUGCAAUGGAGGGAAUUAGUACUGGUUA